UUCCCCACUCUUCUACUCCUAUAUAAGAAGCCCUCUUUCUCUACAUCAUCCUCCUCUCCGACACAGCCCGCGCACCUCCACAGCAUUAGCCAUCAACGACCAGCAUCUCAGCUUUGCUCGCCUUCUCGAAGCUUCUGCUGCCAUGGCGGACCAGCUCUCCGAAGAGCAGAUUGGAGAGUUCAGGGAGGCCUUCAGCCUCUUCGACAAGGACGGCGACGGUUCUAUCACCACCAAGGAGCUAGGAACCGUGAUGCGAAGUCUAGGGCAGAACCCAACGGAGGCGGAGCUGCAGGACAUGAUCAGCGAGGUGGACACGGACAGCAACGGCAACAUCGAAUUCAAGGAGUUCCUGGGCCUGAUGGCGCGCAAGCUGAGGGACAAGGACUCCGAGGAGGAGCUGAAGGAGGCAUUCCGCGUCUUCGACAAGGACCAGAACGGUUUCAUCUCUGCCACCGAGCUCCGCCACGUGAUGGCCAACAUCGGGGAGCGGCUCACCGACGAGGAGGUCGGCGAGAUGAUCAGCGAGGCCGACGUCGACGGCGACGGGCAGAUCAACUACGAGGAGUUCGUCAAGUGCAUGAUGGCCAAGAAGAGGAGGAAGAGGAUAGAGGAGAAGAGGGACCACGACGGCGGCAGCAGGACGAAGAGUGCAGGGCCCUCCGCCGCGCCGGCGAGCAAGCGUGGCCAGAAGUGCGUGAUCCUGUAAUAAUUGAGCCAGCACUGAGAUUCUCAUGAGUCAAUGAGCUACACGAAUGAUGUGUGUUGUUGUAAAAUGGCAAAACAAUUGUGUGGGCGUGUAGUAUGAUGCUCCACUGAAAGAUCGAGAAAUAACACUGGCCAGUGCAAGUUCACAGCCGUAGUCCGUAGUCCGUACGCUGUGGGCCCGUGCCGGCCCAUGGGCAACAGACCAAAACUUACUCUUUCUAUCCUCGUGUUUCCUAAAUUUGGCAGUGCUAAAUUUCAUAGCAAUACUAAAAUCAAAUUUAGUAA